CGUGCGAGUAGUAACGUCUGUUGCCGGUGCCGCGCAGCCCGACCCUCGCCAUGUCCCGCGAGCUGGAGAUCAUGGAGGCGCAGGUGAUGUGGGAACCCGACUCCAAGCGCAACACCCACAUGGAUCAGUUCCGGGCAGCGGUGGCCGCCGCCUGCGGGGUCCGCCUGGCCAACUACAAUGAACUGUACCAGUGGUCCGUAGAGCACUACCCCGAUUUCUGGGCAGAAUUCUGGAAAUUCAGCGGUAUUACUUUCUCCCGUCUUUAUACAGAGGUGAUUGACUCUUCGAAAGGCAUUGCUGACGUUCCCGAGUGGUUUAGAGGCAGCCGGCUAAACUAUGCUGAGAACCUCCUGAAACACAAGGAAAAUGAUAAAGUCGCCCUAUAUGCUGCGCAGGAAGGCAAAGAAGAGAUCCUGAAAGUGACGUUUGGAGAGCUACGGCAACACGUCGCUCUGUACGCUGCUGCCAUGAGGAAAAUGGGAGUGCAGACUGGAGACAGAGUUGUCGGUUAUUUGCCUAACGGGAUUCAUGCGGUGGAAGCCAUGCUGGCCGCUGCGAGUGUGGGUGCCAUUUGGAGUGCGACAUCUCCCGACUUUGGUGUCAAUGGUGUACUGGACAGAUUUUCUCAAAUUCAGCCCAAGUUGAUCUUUUCUGUCGAAGCUGUAAUUUACAAUGGGAAGAAACACAAUCACUUGGAGAAGCUGCAGAGCGUCGUCAAGGGUCUACCCGAUCUGAAGAAAGUUGUGGUGAUUCCAUAUAUUUCUUCAAAAGAUUCCAUAGACAUUUCCAAAAUUCCGAACUGCAUCUUUCUCGAAGACUUCCUCGCCACGGGGAAAGGAGACCAGGCCCCCCAGCUGGAGUUUGAGCAGCUUCCCUUCAGUCACCCCCUUUUCAUCAUGUAUUCCUCCGGCACGACUGGCGCACCCAAAUGCAUGGUCCACUCUGCAGGGGGCACUUUAAUUCAGCACUUGAAAGAGCACAUUCUGCACGGCAACAUGACAAGCAGUGACGUCAUCAUGUACUACACAACGACUGGCUGGAUGAUGUGGAAUUGGUUGGUAUCUGCUCUGGCCGUAGGCUCUUCUGUGGUUCUGUAUGACGGGUCACCGCUUGUGCCAUCCCCCAACGUCCUGUGGGAUCUAGUUGACCGGCUAGGAAUCACCAUUCUUGGGACAGGUGCCAAGUGGCUGGCUGUGCUGGAAGAGAAGAACUUGAAGCCCUGUGAAACUCAUAACCUCCAGACACUCCACACCAUUCUGUCGACCGGCUCGCCCCUCAAGCCUCAGAGUUACGAGUAUGUCUACAAGUGCAUAAAGAGCAGCGUCCUACUGGGAUCCAUUUCAGGGGGUACCGAUAUAGUUUCCUGUUUCAUGGGCCAGAACGUAACCAUUCCGGUUUACAAAGGUGAAAUCCAGGCACGGAAUCUUGGGAUGGCCGUGGAAGCCUGGGGUGACGAAGGGAAGCCAGUCUGGGGGGAGAGUGGUGAGCUGGUGUGUACCAAGCCCAUGCCCUGCCAACCAACACAUUUCUGGAAUGAUGAGAAUGGUAUCAAAUACAGGAAGGCGUAUUUUUCAAAAUUCCCAGGCGUUUGGUCCCAUGGAGACUACUGCAAAAUCAAUCCCAAGACGGGAGGCAUCGUCAUGCUCGGGCGCAGCGAUGGUACGUUGAAUCCAAGCGGGGUGCGGUUUGGCAGCUCCGAGAUCUAUAACAUCGUGGAAGCUUUUGAGGAGGUCUCCGAUAGCCUUUGCGUCCCGCAAUACAGCAAAGAUGGCGAAGAAAGAGUCAUCCUUUUCCUAAAAAUGGCCACCAACCAGGUGUUUAGCCUGGAUCUAGUGCGACGGAUGAAGGAGGCGAUUCGUAUGGCACUCUCUGCCAGGCACGUUCCUAGUCUUAUUCUGGAAACCGAAGGCAUUCCGUACACAAUAAAUGGAAAGAAAGUCGAAGUGGCUGUCAAACAAAUCAUCGCCGGGAAGGACGUCGAGCAGCGGGGCAUCUUCUCCAAUCCAGAGACGCUGGACCUCUACCGAGACAUCCCCGAGCUCCAGGACUUCUGAAGCAAUCGGCCUUCCCGUCUCCCUCUGUUUGUGUGUGCGCUGUGCGCGUGUGUGAGGUUUUUGUACGAUGUAUAUAUGUAUAUGAAUACUGUAAAGGGCAGCCUCUUACUCAA